AUGGGCAAGCUGGGCAAUAACAACUCGGAAGUCGACUUCGAUGGUAAGGCGGCUCUGGAGGCCGAUGCACAGGGCACUGAGACGGGCGCAACGGAGGCACUCGAUUCGGAAGGCAAGUUCACAGAGACGGAGGGUAGCGCAACCACGGGAUUCGACCGAGACGAUAGUGCCGCUGAGGGUACCGGGAUCGUGGGGUUCGACACGGGCGGAAGUGAGAUGACAGGCACGGAGCCGCUGGGAAUGGAUACUGAAGGGAGAGAGGCGGAGGGCAGAGGAGCUCCGGGUACAGACACCGCUGGGAGCGAAACUGAUGGCAAGGAAGCUGAAGGCAGUCCCAAGCUCGCGGAUGCUUCGAAGGGGUCUAAGGGCCCUCGGAUGGAGGCACCGGGCAAAGACACGGAAGCCCCGACGGAAAGGUCAGGGAUACUGGCUGACACCGCAGGGCCCGUGACUGCGGGCAGCGAGGGCCCUGGCAACGAGGCAGAGGGCAGACCUAAGCUGAUCGAGAUUCCAGGUAAAGACGCCGAAGCCUUGAUCGUAGCCCCAGGAACCUCUACUGCCGGCGGUGUCGCUGAGGGUAGUACCGCGGAUGGCACUGGUAUCGAAGGGAGUCCCAAGGAUCGUGACGCGGCGAUAGAAGGUUUAGAAAGGCCGGUCGAGGAGCUGGGUACCGAAAUCGAGGGAAGCGGAAUCGCUACCGACGGGCCUAGAUUGCCGGCGACGGCAGAGGCACUAGCACUCGUAGAGCUCGCAGUCAAGCGUGCAAGGCAUUGCGAGAGCUGGAUAUUCACACCCAACGUGGCAGCCGCUCCGUCGUCAUGGACUGUGACGGUCUUGGUGUAA